GGGCGGCCUCGGGCGAACGUCACGUAAACAAAGCGGAGACAAGGGAAACAGUGUGGAAGGAUGCCGUGCAGUCUUUAAACUAAUUCAUCAGCCGUCAUUUGGGAUAAAAAAUGAAAUUGUACUGUCUGUCAGGUCACCCCACAUUGCCCUGCAAUGUCCUCAAGUUCAAAUCCACCACCAUCAUGCUGGACUGUGGGCUGGACACCACCUCUGUUCUCAACUUCCUGCCCCUGCCUCUGGUGCACAGCCCGAGACUCUCCAAGCUGCCAGGCUGGGUCUCCAAGGAUGGGAAUGCAAACUUGGAGAAGGAGUUGAAGGAAUGUGCAAAGCGGGUGUUUGUGGAUUCUCAGCCUGAGUUCUGUCUCCCUGAGAAAGAACUGCUGGAUCUAUCUAAUAUUGAUGUCAUCCUAAUUUCCAACUAUCACUGUAUGAUGGCGCUGCCCUACAUCACUGAACACACAGGCUUCACAGGAACAGUGUAUGCCACAGAACCCACUCUACAGAUUGGCAGACUCCUGAUGGAGGAGCUGGUGAACUUCAUGGAAAGAGUUCCCAAAUCCCAGUCUGCCACCUGCUGGAAAAACAAGGAAGUACAAAGGAUGCUCCCAGGUCCUCUGAAGGAUGCAGUCGACGUGUGGGCAUGGAAGCGAUGCUACAGUAUGCUGGAGGUGAACUCUGCCCUUAGUAAAGUGCAGCUUGUUGGCUAUUCACAGAAAGUGGAGUUGUUUGGAGCCGUACAGGUAUCCCCCUUAAGUUCUGGUUACUCGUUGGGCAGCUCUAACUGGAUCAUUCAGUCUCAUCAUGAGAAAGUGGCCUAUGUGUCAGGUUCAUCCCUCCUCACCACACAUCCACAGCCGAUGGACCAAAGCUCAUUGAAGAACAGUGAUGUUUUGAUUCUGACAGGCCUCACCCAGAUGCCCACCGCCAACCCAGACGGCAUGCUGGGAGAAUUCUGCAGCAACCUGGCCAUGACGAUUCGUGCUGGAGGCAACGUGCUGGUUCCAUGCUACUCCUCAGGAGUGAUAUACGACCUGCUGGAGUGUCUGUACCAGUUCAUCGAGAGUGCCAGCCUGGGCACCACACCCUUCUACUUCAUCUCACCCGUUGCCAACAGCUCCCUGGAGUUCUCUCAGAUCUUUGCCGAGUGGCUCUGUCACAACAAGCAAUCAAAGGUGUAUCUCCCAGAGCCUCCGUUCCCUCACGCUGAGCUGAUCCAAACCAAUAAGCUGAAACACUACCCCAGUAUUCACGGAGACUUCAGCAUCGAGUUCCGUCAGCCGUGUGUGGUUUUCACCGGCCAUCCCUCUCUGCGCUUCGGGGACGUGGUUCACUUCAUGGAGCUGUGGGGCAAGUCCAGCCUCAACACCAUCAUCUUUACGGAGCCAGACUUCUCCUACCUCGAUGCCCUGGCUCCCUACCAGCCUCUGGCCAUGAAGUGUGUUUACUGUCCCAUUGACACACGGCUCAACUUCCACCAAGUAUCAAAGCUGCUGAAGGAAGUCCAGCCGCUCCAUGUGGUGUGUCCAGAGCAGUACACCCAGCCUCCACUCACCCAGUCCCACCGCUCCGAUCUGAUGCUGGAGCUGCAGCCCCCCCCUAUGCCGUACAGACGCUGCUCCGUGCUCAACCUGCCCUUCAGACGCCGCUACGAGCGUGUCUACAUCCUUCCUGAGCUGGCCAACUCCCUGGUGCCCUCUGAGGUGAAGCCUGGCAUCUCCGUGGCAACUGUAUCUGCUGUGCUACACUCCAAAGACAACAAGCACACACUGCAGUCGGUGCCCAAACCCCCUCCAGCACCCCCCAGCAAAAAGAGAAAGCGAGUGAUGGAGGAGCCCCCUGUGGUGCAGGCCCCCAAGCCCCUGCUGAGUGGAGCUGUGCCCCUUGAAGCUUUCCUGGCCACAUUACAAAAGCAUGGGAUCUCAGAGGUGAAAGUGGAGGAGACGGCAGACGGACACAUCCUGCACCUGCAGGCUGACGACACGCUGAUCCAGCUGGAGGAGGACGGGACGCACAUCGUUUGUGACAACAACGAGCCGCUGCGCACCACGCUCCGAGACCUGGUUCUGCGCUUCCUGCAGAAACUCUGACCCGACUCCUCUUCACAGCUUCUCUUCUCUGUUGGUUUUUAAACAGUGUUCCUGCUUUGUUUUGGACUGUGGACAGCAACCGAAUCGGCAUAAGAGAGGAUGAGACUCUCACCUCAGUCAAAUUUAACAGUGUAACAAUUACAAUGGUCUCAUUCGAAAGUCCAGUUACAUUUUGUAAAAUAGUAUUUUGUAUUAAAAGAUUUUUCAAAGAAUGCUCAACAUUCUCUUAGUGAUUCUUUCAUCACUAAAGAAAGUGUAAAACGUCUAAAUAACAAUGCUGAGACCAUCUGUCACGAGUGGAGGUUUUCCCAAGGAGGAAGUGAGAAGAAAAACAGAACCACAAACUGUAAGUUUCCUCUGGGUUCACUCAUCUAAAUAUCACUUCUAAUUCCCUUAAUACAGCUUUAUAAUUUGCAUUGGCUCCAUUACAACCGGAAAACCAGACGUCAUGUCAGUUUGUGAGCAACUCAUUAGCGGGAGAUGCUGAAAAUUCCCAGACGCGGUAGCAUCUGUGUACAAAAUUUUCUUAAUUGUGACUGAAUAAAGUUCUCGGUUUAUACUCUUCAGAACCGAACGGCUCAA